AAAUGCAAGUCCUGCAAACUCUCUUUUCUUUUUAUCUCCCCCACUCUCUCUCUCUUCAAACCAUUCAAGAGCCAAGCCAACAUUUCCAGCGAAAAUGGCAGUCUCCGCUGACUGCAGAAUCUCCCUCUCUGCCCCCAGCUGCCUACGUGGCUCCUCGGGCUUGACCAGGCACAUUAAGCUAGGAAAAUUCUGCAAUGGAGAGCUCAUGGGGAAGAAGCUCAACUUGUCUCAGCUUCGAUCUUCUUCCACUAACUCCUCUAAGAAGAAAAUUCAAAUGUCUUUAACCAGUGUAACUGGAGAGACUAAGGUACAAGAGAUUGAGUCUGAGAAAAGGGAUCCAAGGACAGUGGCUUCAAUUAUUCUUGGAGGUGGAGCAGGAACUCGACUCUUCCCUCUCACAAAGCGUCGUGCCAAGCCUGCUGUUCCUAUAGGGGGAGCAUAUAGGUUGAUAGACGUACCGAUGAGCAACUGCAUCAAUAGUGGAAUCAACAAAGUCUACAUACUCACACAAUACAACUCAGCAUCACUGAACAGGCAUCUAGCUCGUGCUUACAACUCCAAUGGAGUUUUUGGAGAUGGCUUUGUUGAGGCUCUUGCUGCCACUCAAACGCCAGGAGAAACAGGUAAAAGGUGGUUCCAAGGUACAGCAGAUGCAGUUAGGCAAUUCCAUUGGCUUUUUGAGGAUGCAAGAAGCAAGGAGAUAGAAGAUGUGUUGAUCCUUUCUGGAGAUCACCUAUACAGGAUGGACUAUAUGGAUUUUGUACAAGAUCAUAGACAGAGUGGUGCAGAUAUAAGCAUUUCCUGCAUACCAAUAGAUGACAGACGUGCCUCAGAUUUUGGUCUAAUGAAGAUAGAUGAGAAGGGAAGAGUUAUCUCUUUCAGUGAAAAACCUAAAGGAGACGACCUGAAAGCAAUGGCAGUCGACACAACUAUUCUAGGACUUUCCAAGGAGGAAGCUGAAAAGAAACCAUACAUAGCUUCAAUGGGAGUUUAUGUUUUCAAGAAAGAGAUAUUGUUGAAUCUCUUAAGAUGGCGUUUCCCUACAGCAAACGACUUUGGUUCAGAGAUUAUACCCUUCUCAGCUAAAGAGUUCUACGUGAAUGCUUAUCUAUUUAAUGACUAUUGGGAAGACAUAGGAACGAUAAGAUCUUUCUUUGAGGCAAAUCUCGCCCUUACUGAGCAUCCACCGGCAUUCAGUUUCUACGACGCAGCGAAACCAAUAUAUACAUCAAGGAGAAACCUGCCACCAUCAAAAAUAGAUGGUUCUAAGCUGAUUGAUUCGAUCAUUUCUCAUGGGAGCUUCUUAACCAACUGCUUAGUUGAGCACAGCAUUGUGGGGAUUAGAUCUAGAAUAGGCAGUAAUGUUCAGUUGAAGGACACUGUGAUGCUUGGGGCAGAUUUCUACGAAACUGAAGCAGAAGUUGCAUCACUGCUUGCUGAGGGAAAGGUUCCCAUUGGAAUUGGAGAGAACACAAAAAUCAAAGAAUGCAUUAUAGACAAGAAUGCUAGAGUGGGGAAGAAUGUAAUCAUCGCAAACUCAGAGGGAGUACAAGAAGCAGAUAGGUCAUCUGAUGGAUUUUACAUCAGAUCUGGCAUUACAGUAAUCUUGAAGAAUUCAGUAAUCCGAGAUGGUGCUGUGAUAUGAUGCAUUUAAAGUUUUUGAGUGUAAGAACUAAGAGUGCAGAGCAGAAAAAUCAAAACUAUAUUGAUAAUGAUGCGGUUUCUCAUAUAAUAUUUCCAUGUAAUUUAUAAUACGUAUUAAGCUGGUGGUAUUUUGACUCACCUGUA